UUCAGCGCCAUUAAACUAAGAUGGCGGCGACCAGUAUAAUAAAGUGUGCUCUUAGAAGAGGUUGUGUGGCAUUGUUGCACAGCAGCAAUGGCCAGGCCUGCUGCAUACAUGCACACCGGCAAAUUUACAUUGAGCAGCAUCGAUCUUUUUUCUGGAACAAACAAAGAAGCACCACUCACAGCGUGGUGAAGCCAGCUGCUGUUGGGCCAGCCUAUCCUAUUCCUGAGCACAUAAUGAAGCCAGACUAUGUGACGACAGGAAUUAUACCCGACUGGGGAGACGACAUAGAAAUUAAAGAUGAAGAUCAGAUUCAAGGGCUUCGGCAGGCAUGUCAGUUGGCUCGACGUAUCCUGCUUCUAGCUGGAAAGAGCUUAAAGGUUGGCAUGACAACUGAAGAAAUAGACUUUAUUGUUCAUGAAGAAACAAUCAAACAGAAUGCCUAUCCCUCUCCUCUGGGUUAUGGAGGCUUUCCAAAAUCCGUCUGUACCUCUGUGAACAAUGUGAUAUGUCACGGUAUACCUGACAGUCGCCCUCUCCAAGAUGGAGAUAUCAUCAACAUUGAUGUCACUGUUUAUUUGAAUGGUUACCAUGGUGACACCUCUGAAACAUUCUUGGUUGGCAAUGUGGAUGAAGGUGGUCGGAACUUGGUGGAGGUUGCCAGGAGAUGCCGGAAUGAAGCGAUCACAGCCUGUGAGCCAGGAGCUCCGCUCUCUGUUAUUGGAAAUACAGUCAGCCAGAUAGCAUUGGCCAAUGGACUACAAGUUUGCCCGUACUUUAUUGGUCAUGGGAUUGGAUCCUACUUUCAUGGUCAUCCUGAAAUAUGGCAUCACGCCAAUAACCAUGACAUUUUGAUGGAAGAGGGCAUGGCUUUCACAAUCGAACCCAUCCUGAUGGAAGGGUCGCCUGAAUUUAAAAUCUUGAAGGACAAAUGGACGGCAAUUUCUGUUGACAACAAAAGAUCGGCACAGUUUGAGCACACAAUAGUAAUUACAUCGGAAGGCACAGAGAUUCUGACCAAACUACCUGAAGAAGAUUUCUGUUGAUUGAAACUGCAGUAGAGUUCAAGUGACAGAGCGCUGAAUUUCCUGGUUAAC